AGUACUUGGCACUGGAUAUCCAUCUCAAUAUUCUCAGGUUGUUAUGACGCCACGUGUACGCUCACUACUGGUGGAGCAUGUGUUUCCCCGAGCUGGCAUUCUGCCAAACACUUGAGUCGGGCAAUAUUAACGCCGUUUACCCGGCGGCGAGGCAGUCGUCUUCCUAGCUGCUACACAGUUGACUUGAACAAUGGAGCUAUCAACAGUUGUAUUCUACAGUCUGCUGUUGAGCGGUAUCAGAGGUGUAUUUGUUGAUGCCAGUUUGGCAGAUUUGGCUACACGAGUUAGUCUGGUCGAAGGAGAGAUUAAUGCUUGGAAGCUUACAGCUGUUACGACUGACGCUAAACUGAUCAACAAAUUUAAGGUGUUGAAGUCGUCACUGAAAGAAGAACUGACUAGAACAUCCCUCCCUCCAUUGAUAACGCCUCUCGUCAAACAAGCAAUUACCGAAAUUCUUAACGAAGACUAUAUUGGCAAUAUAAUAAGUGCACAUGUCCUCGAUGAAAUUCACAUCCUCAAAGCCAAUUUGCAAAACACGAAGACUCAACUAAUUGCAGUAACGCAAGAGUUGAGACAUGCUGAAAGGGAAAGAAACACUUAUAGAGAGAGUCUAAGAAGACUGCGUGGCAGUUUGACCAAAAACAUCCGCGCAUUGCAACGGCAGUUCAAUCUGACUGUAGCUGACUUGGGUGAUGCAAGGAUGCUGAAAUCCGAAUUGAAUCAGACCAAUGAUGAUCUUUUGGAAACAAAGCAACAAAUCACUGGUCUUACGGAGGACUUGAUGGCACUGAAUAAGAAUUGUUGUGGGACUAAGAAAGAGAUAAAAGAAAGUGAUGUUAACACGACUUCGAACACGACGUAUCCUGGAACUACAGCAGCCUCGACUGACCCGAGCAGCACGGUUCCACCAGUGCCAAUGACGACACAAGACGCUGAUCUACCGGCCUCGACUGAUACGAGCCAGAGCAAGACGUUUCCACCCAGCGCCAGAGACGACACAAGACUCUGAUCUACAUGGUAGGUGGGAGAACCCAGCAGGCAGGAAGCUAUAAGUCCUUAAUUCUUCCUGUAUUUAACACGCUGAUGUAUAUACCCGUGGAGAUUCUGAGAUGAGUCUCGCCAAUGGUAUCAAUCGACAAUCAUGUUGUCAAUCAGAGGAUUCCAUGAACCAGAUAUUUAUGCUGAGGUCGCCAUCAGACAGCUGGAAUACUGCUGAGUGUGGCGUUAAACAACAAACAAAACACUGUGACAUAAACCAACGUUAUAUCUUAUGACCCUAAUAUAUACCAAACAACAGUUGUACUGACAUUAUCAAAGUUCAACAAACAUCAACACUCUCCAGUCGUACACAAGAUAUUGUUACAACUUCUGGUUCUAACAGAAAGUUCUGUACUAAAACAAACCAUCCAUAAUUCCAGAAACCACAUGUUGACAUUCCCGCCAUGUUGUAUUGUUGUCAGCCAUGAUGGAAUUGUUUAAAUGAUGCAGCAAUGUCCGAGUCACGUAUCAACAUGAUGAAAAACAUUGUAGAUGUGUGACAAAGAUGUCUGAUGUACACAGUUUACUUUGUGUUGCAGCGACUCCAUCACCAGCAGCAGGUCGCGACCUCUACUCCGCCAGCAAGGCCGGUGACCUGAGAGAGUGAAGCGGAUCCUGUCAGCGGGUCACGUGGACAUCAACACUAGAGUCUACAGCAGGACACCGGUGAUGAUGGCAGCAGUGAUGGGACACAGCGAUGUGGUGGAGUUCCUGGUGGGUAGAGGGCAGAUGUGUCACUGGUGGACAGGGUCGGUAGGAACGUCCUUCACUUGGCCAGUGCUGGUGGACACCUGGAGAUCGUGAAGCUGAUCGUGUCCCUGAACGUGGUGAACAUCAACGCCAGGAACAACGACGGGGAGACAGCGGCCGACUGGGCGAGACUUUGGACAUCAGCGAAAGUGGCGGAGUUCCUGGUGUCACGUGGUGGACACUGAAGUCAGUGUUGGUGUGGACAGAGACGGUGCACAUGUCGUUACUGACACUGACGUGGUGUGUGCCGUCAACGUUGUCGUGUGUCACGAUUCAGGUGAUUUCUUUUUCCUUUCUGAAUAUAAAUAAAACUUGUUGAAUGUA